AUGAAGUCGGGUAGUGAUGAUGGGAUCUGUGGAGUGUUGCCUUUACAGAUGCAUUGGUUCAAAGAAGAGAAGACCAUCCCCAACUCUCCAGAGAAAAUCGGCCAGUCUCCAGUCGCUCCAACAUCAGACGGAGACAAGGUGGACCUGGAGGCCUUCAGCGAGUUCACCAAGAUCAUCACUCCCGCCAUCACCCGUGUCGUUGACUUUGCCAAAAAACUGCCCAUGUUCUCUGAGCUGCCUUGUGAAGACCAGAUCAUCCUGUUGAAGGGCUGCUGCAUGGAGAUCAUGUCCUUGCGCGCAGCCAUGCGCUACGACCCGGAGAGCGAGACGCUGACGCUCAGUGGGGAGAUGGCUGUGAAGCGGGAGCAACUGAAGAACGGCGGGCUGGGCGUGGUGUCGGACGCCAUCUUUGAUUUGGGCAAGAGCCUGGCACAGUUCAACCUUGACGACACGGAAGUGGCGCUCUUGCAAGCCGUGCUUCUCAUGAGCUCAGAUCGCUCAGGCCUGACCUGUACGGAAAAGAUCGAGAAGUGCCAGGAGACGUACCUGCUGGCGUUCGAGCACUACAUCAACUACCGCAAGCACAACAUUCCCCACUUCUGGCCGAAGCUUCUGAUGAAGGUGACGGACCUGCGGAUGAUCGGGGCGUGCCACGCCAGUCGCUUCCUUCACAUGAAGGUGGAAUGUCCCAACGAACUCUUCCCCCCGCUCUUCUUAGAGGUCUUCGAGGACCAGGAGGUGUGAGGCACACUUGCCGGCACGCAAAGGGAAGAGAAAGUUGGAGCGAAACAGAAGAUGGGUUAGUCCAUCGUGCUUGUGGGGGAAGAAUGGAGGGAGAAUCCUCUCUGCAGGAAUCUGCAUUUCUCUGACAUCACAUUCACAGUAUGUGGUUUUAAAACUGGAAACAACAAUAUCAGAAACGACACACCAGCAACAGGAGAGUGAAGCAAACAGAGGAUUUUGUUUUGUGAACACCCUCUUCUCCACCUCUUUCUCCUCCUUAUACCAACCCCUGUUUUAAAAUCUGUUUGGGGGCCCUUCUGUCUGAGCAUGAUGUCUUAUCUAGUAAGAGUUGUAGCCAUUUGCCAAGACACAAACACACACAGACACACACACACACACUCACAGCCUGUUCCACCUCAGUUCUUCAGGGCAGCACUCUUUGGAGGGUCAGUUCCCCCUCCUUGGUUUUAUUGUAGCGGUCACAGAUUUACACUUGUCUUGAAGCCCAUGUUUCCAGCGUCAAAGCUGGCCAGCACCUCUCAGUAUUAUUUCUGAAUAAGUGUUAAGGCAUUGAUUCAGAAAGUAUGGACAGUAGUGUCAUCUUGUUGCUCACAGUCAUGCAGGCGCACGAAUUUAGCAGACACUGCACAUAAAAAUUUCAGCAGACGUAAACGUUUCCGUGGUGUAUAACGGCGGCAGUAAAGCAGAGCAGCCACACCACUUAUCAAUUACUCAACUCAAUCUGAGCCAUGACAGCUGUUUUUGGAGCUUGUUCUUCUCAUAUCCCUGUGAAACCGGUGCUAUAUUUAUAUAAGGCUACUCCAGUUUUAUGAAAUUGUGUUCUCUACCUUUGAAAAACAUACAGACCAUGGCUUCAUAUCUACUUUCAUUUUUGUCAUUGGACCGGUUCCUGUGACGUACAACACACACAUACGCACACACACGAGCAGACUUGCCUUGUCAUUGCCUAUGCUGCUUGUGCCAGCAGCCUACCAUCUUAUGAAUGACAAGUAAGCCCUUCUCUGUCUGAAGAGUUACAGCAUUGAAGGAAGGGAAGGAAGAGAAAAAGAAGGGGAAGGAGAAAGGGAGAUGCUUAGAGGGGAGGUGGGAGAAAAGGAAGGCGCAGGGACAGAGAGAGGAAUUACAACGUAAAAGCUGGACUGUAGCCAGAGUUCAGAAGUAAAUCUCCCACACCCAACCUCCGAGGAGGCUCUGAAUAGCAGCAAACACCAGCAAGACGGCAGGCCUCAUCACAUACACACUGACUCUCUUUUUGUCUUUUUAACUCUCUCACACACACACGAAAACACACAUCACCUCAGAGUAACGUGAAUGCCUCAUUUUACUGAAUGCACUGCACGGCAGUGUUGAUAUACAGCCCUAACCUGCAGGGUUUGUACAGAGUCCUCUUAUCGUGGGCUCAACUCAGUGUGGCCCCUCCAGGCUUCCAUACACAUUUGCCUUCUGUUUUGUUUUGUUUUUUUUCUUGUUUCUUGGUUAUUUUAUUCUUUUUUUUUUAUUUUAUUUUUUUACCAUGGGAGGUCACUGAGAGCAGGCAAAUGCCAAGAAGGCUACCAUUUACCUCAAAGUGGACACACCCCUAGGCUGGGGCAGCAUUACUGCCCCUGUGGUGUCAGGCACUACCUCACCUCUGUGGACACAGGGCAGCUGCCCACAGCCUACACACAGACAUACACCAUUCGAGUUGGAGUAUGUGUAGAAUGAUACACAGAUGUGCAUAGCUUUUUGCAUAGGUGCACACUCGUAGUCAUGGAAAGACUAAAACACUCACAGAAUACACACAUACACACAGCGCUGUCACUUGGUUCAAAUGAAAUACCACUGAAGACAGGAGGGCCAACCAUCCCCCUGGAAGGUUUUACCCCCUUCCAGGGAGUGGUACCCAUAACAUUCGGGUUAUCUCUUCUUCUUUUUCUUUUUCUUUUUUUUUAUCAAGUGGGACCAAGUGUCAUCUUUUCAAAUUUGGAUUUACCAGUUUCUCUAAAGACAGAAACCGGCUCGCAGAAGCAACGAAGGACAGCGUGGGAUGUGCAGCCCAUUAAAGCAAAAAGCAGCAAGAGGAACGAUUACACGGAGUAACUGAAAAGUCAAGGUGGCCACGCCCGUCAAAUCAGCAUGUGGUGAUGACGUACCACGCUACACUUACGAUAGCUGCCACUGGAGCUUGGUAAAUAUUUUCAUGGAAAAUUUCAGCUUUCUGUCAUGCAUGGGCAGUGUGUUUGACAUAAAAAAUGAUGGAGUGAAGCCUCCUCACAAGCAACUCAAUCGCACUUCUAGCUCCCCAACGCUCACUACUAUAGCAGUAAUAUCUCAGCUCAAACAUCCAUGGCAGAUAUGACAAGUUUACCCUCCAAAUGACCAUACAAGAGUGUUUGAUUUGAUUUCAAAAGCUCACUCUGUUCAAUCCAAUUCUGGGGCCAAGCCAAAUCUCACUGGGUUGAAAGAAAUCUAGUUUAUUUUCUAUCCAAUACCAAGCAGUAGUUUAUACUGGGCACAUGCACAGGAUGGGUUAUCCACACCUCCUCAGAGCUUGAGUGCAGUUGGGAGGGGAGAGGAACUGGAACGCCAUCUUUGGGCACAGCGGUGGAGUCUGGUUUGACUCUUCCUAAAGUGCAUCACCACCUCUAGAGAUCCAUCCCCACUCUUUUCUUUUCUACCCUCCUCUUGUCCAGUCCGUGACACUGCCCUUUCUGGAGCCUAGCUCAAGUCUAACCCCCCCUCCUGCCAUCAAUAUGAUAACAGACCCCACUCAGCCAGGCUGGUGGGAGUUUUUGCACUAAUGCAACACCCCAUAAACUCUCCUUUUCGGGUUAGUUUCCCCAAUUAAAAUUGACCACAAAUGGGUAUCCUGAACUGCUCUGUUUAACUGGGCCUUUGCACUUGCAGUGGGCUUGGCCCUAAACCUGUCCUGUUGUCAGCAUUACACCAGUAGAGCCAAAACAGCCCAAAAGCAGUGGGCAGAGAUCCCUCCAUAGGAGGGCUUUCUCUUUAUCCGUGUAGUACUCACUGUCCCAUACUAGAGCCCACUCAAAGUUCACUUUAAGCCCUCUUCUGAACACUGAAAAUCCUCUCCUUUACCCAAAGCAUCCUAGCUGUCACCGCUGAGCAGUUCAUACCCAGUUUUGUCCAGAUUCAUUCACACCAAACAGGAUCCAGGCCUUGUGAAACAAGGCUGGCCAUAACUGCCCUUUUAGAGUGGCGCCACCAAUUGAAUGUGACCGACAAAGCAGCAGGGACGAGAGACUGGAGUGUGAGAAUGCGUGGAUGCAAGAGAAGAAGAAAGGACAGGAAACAAAGAAACAAACAAACAAAAAAAGCUGAGGGCCCCAACUCUCACUGCCAUCAUUGACAUGGGCGAGAGGGGGUGAUGUGGCUGGUUGCAGAGACAAUGUCGUCAAACACAGGGAGGAAGGGCAGAUGUCCCCUUCGGCUCCCACGCAGCCCCACGCAAACCCCCGCUCCCGUGCCAGCUGACGACCCCAAAUGUCCUCCCUCAGCUCCCACUGUAAGGAUUACCUCCAACGUUCAGAUUGUGAGGAUCAGGAAGACAGAUCCCGCAUUCCUGAGAUGCAGGUUUGGGAUUCCAACACAUCUUUGUAAAAGAACCGAUAAAGAAAUCGACGGCCUUUGUUUUUGUGAGCUGACUGGGUAUGUGCGUGUGACAGUAGGGGUUAUAAUGCUGCUUUUUACCUUCUGAGUCUGAUGUAGAUUAAGAAAACAAAAGAUAUAUGAAAAGGAUUUUACAUCCGUCAAACAAUAUGAAAAAAAAAAGAUGACUUUAAAAAAAAAAAAAGACUCCGGAACAAAAU